AUGUACCUCACACUGUACCACCUUGUCACCCGCCUCCCUGACUCCCUUCGCACUGUCAGGGACCAGUUUCUUGCCCUCUCCCCCACUGACCUCACUGUCGACCUCCUCGAGAAGGAACUCCUAGCAAGUGAGAAGAGCAUUGUAGCUGUAGGUGCCUCUCGUGGUGACCCCCGCACCCCCUUCUUUGAGGGGUGCUCCCCCUCCCCCCUCCUCCCCUCCAUUGCAUCUGCUGCUGCUGUCGACUACCUCGGAGCUGAGGGGGUCGGGGCCGCGUCUGCUCCUAGUGAGAGGCGCAAGGGCGGUAGGGGCAAGGGGGGCAGGGGUGGUGGAGGUGGAGGCGGGGGUGGCAGCGGUGGAGGGGGUGGGGGGGGCGGGGGUGGUGGCGGAAGUGGGAGUGGCGCGGGUGGUGGGGGGGUCAGUGGCGGCAUAGGGAGUGGUGGCGGCGGCGGCGGUGGUGGGGGUGGUGGGGGCGGUGGUGGCAGUGGUGGCGGCGGUGGAGCGGGUGGCGGGCGCGGUGGAGCGGUGCAGCGUGGGGGGUUCGGCGGUGGCCAGAGGCAGCAGCAGCAGCAUCCCGCUCCCUAG